UUCACCAUUUCCUGAUAUGAAUAUCUUGAUGUUGCACUCGGUAGAUGCAGCAAGACCUGUAAAGAGCUCUUACAACUUGUGGAAAGUCCUGGCAAGUGGGUGCAUUCAUCAUACCUGGAGAGGGGAUUGUGUCCUUGCUGGUUCUCUGCCCUGCUUGCCCGUUGACAGGUUGUGUUUGUUCACAGUGUGCCUGGAGCCGGAUAUUCAGAGCUUGGCUGUAAACACAGUGUUACAGUCCCAUCACAUCAAUGACAUGGAAGAAGGUUCCAGCGUGAGUAUCAGUUUUGAUGUGAUCCAGCAGGCAUCUCUAGAAUACUAUGAUGUGUAGGCUCCUAAGACAGGCAUCUUGACACAAGAGGCAGUUGAAGCGUGGGUAUGAUUCCUCUGCAGCCCUUAGUUCUGCUAAUGACUGCUCUGCAGCCUUCUGUACUGAGUCCAUUUGCUGAAGCAUGGUUGGAUGUGAGAAGUGAACUGCUCUCUUGCUAACAUCGCCUGCUCCUCAUUGCCUCCCAUGGAGAAGGUUAUUAGCUAGGGAAGAUGCCAACAUUGUGUGUGACUGCAGUCUCUUGCCUCCAGCAUCCACUCAAAGGAGAUCUUUCACUCUCUGACUAUUUCCUUCUGCCGCUGCUGGGAAUUCCUGCUCUGGAUGGAUCCAGCAAAUUACGAAGGUAUCAAGGGAAGAGUGCGUUCUAGCGUCCACUCUGGGGAGCAGGACACUAGCAAGAGUCAAGUAUUGGAUGAGGACAGUGAGGAAGAGGAGGACAAGGAAGAAGAGGAGGAGGAUGGAGAAGCAAAUGUGGAGGACUUGCUAGAGAAUAGUUGGAACAUCGUGCAGUUUCUCCCCCAGGCUGCCUCCUGUCAGAACUGCUUCCUCAGGAUUGUGUUGGCCUACAUUGUGGCUGUGUACCACAGCAUGAAGGAGGAGGAGGAGCUGCAGCACAAUGCCCCUCAGAGCGCUCCCAUCAAGAGGAGGGCCAUGAGCCAGGUGUCCCAGGAGGCAUUGGGAGAGACGGGAGCCAUGCCUGGCGUGAUCACUUUCUCACAGGAUUACGUGACCAACGAGCUCACGCAGAGCUUCUUCACCGUCACUCAGAAGAUCCAGAAGAAGAUGGCUGGUUCCCAUAAUGCCACUGAGCCCUCAGACAUGUUCUCAGUGCUACCUGGCUCCUACUUGCCACUCAACAACCCAGCUCUAGAGUUCAUCAAAUACGUCUACAAGGUGUUGUCCCUGGAUGCCAGUAUAACUAACCAAGUAAACAAACUGCGCCGGGACCUGCUGCGCCUCAUUGAAGUGGGUGAGUUCUCAGAAGAAGCCCAGUUUCGGGACCCUUGCUGCUCCUACAUGCUCCCUGAAGUCAUCUGCAGGAAGUGCAAUUUUUGCAGGGACUUGGACCUGUGCAAGGACCCUGCCCUCUCGCAGGAUGGGUCAGUGCUGCCCAGUUGGGUAUGCUCCAACUGCCAGGCCCAGUAUGACUCGGAUUCCAUUGAAAUGGCACUGGUGGAAGCGCUGCAGAAGAAGCUAAUGGCCUACCUGCUGCAGGACUUGAUGAGUGUGUGCAAGAAGUGUCAUGGUGUGAAGGAGACACCUAUGCCUGUGUACUGCAGUUGUGCUGGAGAUUUUGCCCUCACCAUUUCUUCCCAGAUCUUCAUGGAGCACAUCAACAUCUUCCAGAGCAUUGCUUGGCACUACAGUGUGGCCUAUCUGCUGGAAACUAUUGAGUGGCUGCUCCGUACAAACCACCAGCUCCAGCAGUGAUGUGAUGAACUUGUCCUGCUGUCUUUUUUUGUUGCUGUGUCAGCUCUGGGUACUUGCUCUCACCUCUGCUGAAGAGCAUUUGUGCUCUGUGAUAGAUCUCGGAGAAGCCACAUAUCCAUCUUGCACUGUGUGGGGGCGCUAAGCGGUGUUGGGGCAGUCCUGGUCACAGCCUGGUGCUGUGCUGGGGGAAUUAAGAAGGUGCCUAGGGCUGGAACUGCUCUCUAUGGGGGAGGGGGGACUGCAUUUGCCAGAGCCCUGCAGAAGCCCAGUUUGGGAUGGGAGUUUGUGCUGUAGGCAGCACCCUGUGUGCAUGAAUCUCUGUGGUUUUAAUGUGGAGUUUUAUACAAUUAAAUGUGUCACAGACAAUGCAUCUGGUUCUUUGGGUAGAGGAGCACGUGCUAUGGCCCACACACAGCAGGGAGCUGUAGGCACCCUGGAAAGGAGCAUUCUCUGAGCCAUGGGGCAGGAUUCCUAGAGGGAGGAGAAAGCCAGACUCUUCUUGUUGGGCUGGAAGGGGAGCAAGGGAGCUGUCCCACUUGGGUGCUAAAGCUUCAAGUUGACAGCAGUGAGUCAUAGGGUGGGGGGGCUGCUCACUGAAAUCCCAGCACAGGUGUGAUGAAACCCAGGAGGCCAGUGCUUAGCUGAAGCCUGGCCUCCUGGUCCUUUCCAUCUACUCCUGCUUGCAGAAGCCUGAAAAAGCAUGAGGGGAGCCAAGAUUACUAGAUUCCAGUUAAU